AUGGACCGAAGCUGGAUUCAUCAGCGUCGUAUUAGUGAAGAGUAUGAGCAAGGGGUUUAUGAGUUCAUACAAUAUGUUAAAGAAGAGACAAAACCAGUGAACGGGGCAUAUUUUUGCCCUUGUGUUCGUUAUCUCAAUCAAGUAUAUGAAGACUUGGACAACAUUCGUGAUCAUCUAUUCAUCUAUGGAAUAAUGGGAAGUUAUAUGGUUUGGACUUGGCAAGGGGAAGUAUUAUAUAAGCCAAUAACUUUAAGAGGUUCGGAUUAUGUCGACGAAUGGAUGAGUGAUCAUUUAGACGAAAUGGUACGUGAUGUUGGCGAAGAAAAUUUUGGAAGAGCUCAUUUAUACGAUAGUCUUAAGAACAAUUCAGAGCAAGAGUUGUAUCCAGGAUGCAUCAAGUUUACAAGGUUAUCGGCUACUUUGAAAUUGUUUUGUUUGAAAGCAAGAAACGCAUGGAUUGAUAAAAGUUUCAUGGAAUUGUUGGAGUUGCUGAAGGAGAUGCUACCAGAAAAUAACACAUUACCUAUCUGUAAUUACGACGGGAAGAAAAUUCUAUGUCCAAUGGGUUUGGAAUACCAAAAGAUACAUGCAUGUCUCAAUGACUGUGUAUUGUAUAGAGAUCAAUAUGCUUCAAUGAAGGUGUGUCCGACGUGUGGUUCAUCACGAUUUAAGAAGAAACUUGGUGGAAAUAACGAUGAACACAAUGAAGGUCCACCGGCUAAGGUCAUGUGGUAUUUACCUAUAGUACCUAGGUUGAAACGAUUGUUUUCUGUUAAAGAAGAUGCGAAGAAUCUUAUGUGGCACGUUGAUGGAAGAAAAUGUGAUAAUCUUCUUAGACACCCAAAUGAUUCCCAAAAAUAG